AAAGGUAUUUUAUUGUGGGGUUUUUUCUCUCUGAUCUAUAUUGUUCCUUUUUCUCAAUAUUUGAAUCCAGGACUUCAAACAGACAGCAUGGGUCUUUAUCUUUGUCUCCCUCUGCUGGUUGUGCUCCUUCAGCCUGCUCUGUGUCUUUAUAACUGCUCCUCUGAUUAUAACAGGACUCCACUCAACUCGGACAUGACCGUCGACUGUGGCGUCUCUACGAUCACCCUGGAGAUCAACCUGUGCACGGCUCAGUGGGCGGGCUUUAACGCAACAGAACUGGCCCUGAACGGGGCCCACAACAAUUUGGACUGCCACGGUGCUGCGGACACUGGUGUGAGCCCUCCAGUCAUCCGUUACCAGCUUCCUGUUAACCACAGUCAGGAUAACCCCUGUCGUCAGUCUCUUCAGAUUGUGGACGAGGCUCCAGAUCCCACAGGACCCUUCAGCAAUUUCCUUAGUGUCCAGUCAGUUAUAAUCACAGGGUACAUUGACACACCCAAAUCAGACCAGGGGAUCAUCAGCUACUCCACAGACCUUUACUAUCACUUCUCCUGCCGCUACCAGCUGGAGUACCUGAUGAACAACACAAAGGUUGCCGCCUCUUCAGUCUCGGUGGCUACCAGUGAAAACAAUGGAACCUUCAUUGACUCACUAAAAAUGUCCAUUUUCAACGACUCCGACUACAUCCACCCAUUGGUUAUACCUUCAACAGGACUUGAUCUACGGACUAUCAUCUAUGUGGAAGUCAGAGCUAUCAACCUCACUGGGAAUUUCCACGUACUGCUGGAUCACUGCUUUAGUACUCCCACUCCAUACAACCUGUCGCAGACUGAGCAGCACAACUUCUUUGCUGGCUGUUCAGUGGACCCAAGGACACAGGUGACGAGCAACGGCGUUUUCAAAUUCUCGCGGUUCAACUUUGAGGCCUUCCGCUUUGUACAGCACCGUGACCAGGCAAAGUCCAGCCUCUAUCUGCACUGCAUACUGAGACUCUGCGAGCCCAGCAAAUGUCAAGACCUGUUGGCUGCCUGUAACACCAGGAAGAAAAGAUCUUUGACCCCUUUCGGAGAAGAAAGCAAGGAAUCAGCCACUGUUUCAGUCGGACCUAUUUACACAGCUCAAGAAGACAUGUCUUACACAGAUGGCUACAGUAAUGGCAUCACAUCCGGAAAGAGUGAUGCAAGUGUGACAGUCUGGCUACUUCUGUCUUGCUGGUUCUGGGCAGCUGGUUCAUCCUGAAGAAGUUUUAUUGGACGGGAGGAUGACCUCAUCUCUUUGACUGACUGAUGGUCCUGGUCAACUGUCUCUGUCUCUACUGUCUUCAGUCACUUCAUAGCUCAGAAAAUCUGAUAAUGGCAUCAUUUUGUCAGUGAUCACCAGACGUGCUUGUAGGGUGAUUAUGAAAACUCAGUAAAUACUGUGGUAUCUGUGAGCCUGCAUACAAAUCUACAAUUUUAGAGGUGUCUUUGUACAGAGAGUUGUACAAUUUCUUUCAGCAAGAUUGAACAAUGAUAUAUAUGUUUUGUACAGAUUCUAAAUAAACUUUAAAUGCAA